CCGAAGCGACCAUAAAUAACGCGCCCACUUCCUCCACCACAUACUACAGUUAUGGCGACGCAAUUGUGUGAUAAUAAGUCUGUGUGAAAUGGUGGUGGUUAUUGGGGCUAAUAAAUGAGUUGUAUUGUUUACAAGAACAUAACGGCUUCUCCCCGUAAUUUGAAGAAAGUUUGAUGCUGGACACCCAACAGCACAACAUUAACGGCUCCAUGGCAGGGCAUUGGUGGGGAAGUCUGAGCCGCUGUCUGUGGCGCGAGGACUUCUGGCUUCCCGAGGGCUUGGCGUGGGACGACCUCCGAUCCACAGACCAGCUCCACUACCCGGACCCGUUCGACAUCUGGUUCUAUCCGCUCAUUCUCAGCGGCGUUUAUAUCCUUUUCUGCAGCUGGAUCGUGGAGCCUUUCGUUCUCGCUCCUUUGACGACUCUGCUGGGAGUCUCGAACAAACGAUACCCAAGACCGCAGCCAAAUGAGACUCUGGAGAACCUCUACCGAAAAUACCAAAUGAAAGUGCCACUCAAGGCACUAAUCAAGUCCUCGGAGACGACGGGUUUAAAUGAACGCCAGAUAGAAAGGUGGUUACGCAGCAGGUACAAGUCUCAGCGCUUCAACCAGCGCGAUAUGUUCAUUGACUGCGGAAUUAAACUUUUAGGCCACACAAUGUUCGCUGUUUAUGGGUAUACCAUCAUGUUCUCAAAGCCUUGGGUGUGGGACAUCACACUGUGCUGGGAGAAUUAUCCAUUCCAUACCUUACCGAGGGAUAUAUGGUGGUAUUAUAUCUCCGUUCUCACUGUAUACUGGAAGCUCUUUGUAUCCGAGUCCUUGCAGCCAGGAAGGAAACAGGAUGACCGACUGUUCAUGAUCCUCCACCACGCCGUUACAGUCCUCCUCAUGACAUUCUCAUGGACGUGCAACUUCAUAAGAAUUGGAAGCCUAGUGCUGAUGGUCCACGAGAUCGCCGACGUCCCCCUCCUGGCCGCCAAGAUGUGCAGGUAUGCGGGUAAAGAAGCGGCUGCCAAUAUCAUCUUCCCUCUGUUCCUCGUCGUCUGGAUCGUGACUCGCUGCGUCCUAUACCCCUUUUGGAUCAUGCGCAGUAUGUUCUUCGAUGCCACGCGGUACAUGUCCGUCAUGCCCUCGGCCUACGUGUUCAUAGCACUCCUAACGGGGCUCCUCAUGCUCAAUCUGAUUUGGACGUGGUUGAUCCUAAGCAUUGUUGUCAGGAAGAUUCGAGGAGGAAAACUACAAGAUUUCCGAUCAUCCUCCGAGAGUGAAAAUGAAGAAGAAAACAAGAAAAGAAGAUAAAAGUAUAACAUCAAAGAAUUUUUAUGUCUCAUUCCCCAUAAAAGCAAUCUCUCACUGUUAACUUGCCUGCAUAUUUCAUACUGCUUUUACCAUUCUUACUUCUUCAGUAUAACAUUAAUUGCAGUAUAAAAAAGCCAGUGAUACUCUUAUAACUGUAUAACGUGUUGGAAAACUUUAUCAUUAGAAGCAUAUCAUUAUGAUUAUUAUUGUCAUUGUUAUUGUUAUUAUCAUUAUUAUUAUUACUAUUAAUAUUAUUGUUAUAAUUAUUUAUUAUUAUCAUAAAAAUAACAGUGCUGCUCGAGUAACUGUAUAACGUGUUGGAAAACUCCAUCAUUAGAAAUAUUUCAUUAUCAUUAUUACUGCUAUCAUUAUCUUUAUUGUUAUUAUUAUU